AUGACUGAAACGUCUAGCCAGUCGGAACGGUAUGAACGCAAGGUCACAUACCUUGAACGCGAGUACCAAGACUACUCCUUCAGACGAGAGAUAUACCUUGCCCCAGUGGACCUGGAGGAAGAAACUCGGCUUCGUGACCAGCAUGAGAUGCUGAAGCUGAUACAUCAGGAUUGGGAUAAUUCCCUACACCCAGAUUUCAUCAAAGAUCCAGAGGUGGUUCUUGAUUGUGGAUUUGGGUCAGGAAACUGGGCAUACGAUCUCGCGGAAUACGACUCAGACUGCACAGUCGUGGGAGUCGACAUCUGCCCCUCGAUGGCUCCACCAGACCAGUUGGAGAAUAUGGACCUGCAAAUCGCCAACUUGAAUGAGCGUUUUGAGUUUGCCGAGCCAGCCACGUUCGAUCUUGUCCAUUCUCGUUUUGUCGCAAGCGGUAUUGCUGCAAACCGAUGGCCAAAUUACAUUCGGGACAUGCACAGGGUGCUGCGGAAUAAUGGAUGGGUGCAAAUAACUGAGUGGGAUCUGACCUUUCGGUCUGAUACAGGGGAUAUCGACAACCUCCAGGCCCUCCAAGAAUGGACUAGGGUUUAUAUCGAAUCCCUAGGGCGCACAAAUCGCGCCGAAGGGAAGAAAAGUGCAAGAGUAACAGUCGACUGCGAGACCUGGCUCAGAAUGGCCGGGUUUGUCAACGUUAGCUCCGAUAUUCGAGACGUACCAACCUGUGCAUGGCGGACGGGUGAGGCCAAUCUUCCGAAUACAAGAGACCUCAUCCGAUCAUUGGCCUUGUACCCAGUCAUACGUCGAGGGGUGCAGACCAAAGAGCAGUUCGAAGCGCUUGCAGAUGCUGCUUGCGCGGAACUGGGUAACGUUGACGCUCGCCCAUAUAUCCGGCUGUACACGGUAUUUGGCAUGAAGCCUUGA